AGUAACAUUCCGAUACAACGAGGCAGCAUUCUACGAAUUGGAGUUUUGUCUAACGAGAGCAUGUAUAGAGAAAAUGAACUCAUGGGAGAGUUGAGUCAGCUUAACAUAUGGGACAAACUACCCACAUCUGAUGAAAUUUUCAUGAUGUCUCGUGGAUGUCACACCAAAAUCGGAAACGUGAUACCAUGGUCGGGGGUUCAGUUAUGGCUUAGUAUAAACGUCACUAAAACAACUCCAACAUCGUGCACUGGGGCAGGUACAUGUAACUCGGUGUUUUUUAGUUUGUUGUUGUGGUUUUUAUUUCUAUGCAACGUUAAAUAAACAAGCAAAAAGAUAAACACGACCAAAGGAAAGAUAUGCUUACUGAUCGUGAAAGAUAGCGGCUGAAGACUUUCUACAGUACUAAAGCUUUGGUGCAGAAAAUCCGGCAGGGUUCCGGGGGACCCGCCUCCCCCCCCCUUGUUUUUAGGUCAAAGUGAAGACCGUAAGUCCCACAAUAAUCAUUUUUAAAGGAUGUUUCCUUCUCUUAUUUUAGAGUGUUGAUCGAUGACUAAUCCCACCUUUUACUAGAAAAUCCGAAUCCACCACUGCACGGGAAAGUACUGAUAAGUAGCUUUCAUUUGUAUGAUUAAAAUUUAGAAUUUCCUUAGACUUUUCAGAAUGAAGCUAUCAAGUAUCAUUUUCCAGGAUUAAAGUCGUUUCUAUUUUAGAAAUAGAAACUUCAUUUCACCUCACUUGGUUUUAUUUCUUUAGCCUAUUUACAAUAAAAUAUAUAAAAUACUCGAUCCCAGAACUGUAGAUGCCCAUGCGUAGACAACACAGAAGCCAAUCAGUACCACAGUGGAUCUCUGAGGGCUAGGCCUCUUGCACAAAAUAAGCAAAAUCAUAAAAAAUACCGUGAUCUAGCACGUUCAAAGAGCACUAGAUAUAUAUUGGGAAUAGUAUAUUAAAGCCAUGUGUAGCAAUGUUCAUCAACUAUUCACUAGAUCAUAUUCACUGGACUUUGUCAUCCACUGAUAACUCUGCCAUAACCGACGACACUUCUUACUGGCACGGUCACAUUGUCGGCAGCGGCGUUGUCUUGGACUCAAAGGUUCUCAGCCUGCAGGGUGGAGGCCACGUGAUCUUAGGAAGAUUUAGCAAUACCUGCCCUGGUAACCCCUCCUUGUGUGAGGAUGGAUAUUCCGUCAGCUUCUGGGUGAAACAGGGAGGUAGGUUUAAUGGUUGUUAUUUAGCCUGAGGGCAGGGGCGGGGCAUAUUUGGCGGCGGAGCGCAGGCGCGAGCCGGUGAAGCCCGCGAGAAGAAAGCAAAAGUUUAGAAGUUUACCUCCUUCCUUAUGUUAAGCCUUUUUUAGACUUUGUGUUAGACUUGUUCUCACUGCCCGAGAGCCUGGAACAGGCUAUUCUCGGACGAACACGCAAAUAGAUAUCUUUCCCUUACUGGGGGGGGGGCAAGGGACUGUUUGCGACAAGAUCGUUAAAACAUUAGAGAUUGUGACAAUGCUCUCCUGAGCCCUAUGCGUCACCUAGACUGACUGCCCUAUCUUAGCCGCCAUCUUUUUAAUUUAAACCUUGCACUAAGUUGCCUUGAUUUAACCAAACAAUAUCUUUAAUAAUAUGUUCCUCUCUCUCCAUAAGUUAAAUUUAUCUCGUACAUUCUUGGGGAAAACAAGAAAUACCACGCAGCUCUAGAGACCAUGGUGGCAGCUGUUACCCCAAAUAACAGUAAAUGGACGCGGUGUUACCAUGCCAAAUCAGAUGGCUUCACUGCGCAUGGCUUUCACUCACGGUGUGACAAUAAAGGGCCUACUGUGACUCUAGUACAGGUCAGAGAAUUCGUGUUUGGAGGAUUUUUGGAUCAGAACUGGGGAGGUAAAUUAAACAUAUCAAUUAUUAUUUUUUUUAUUCACACGUGCCUCACAAAGUUGAGAAUUACCUCCAGAGUGGCAGACGUCACGAUUCUGCAGGUGUAAAAGAGGGUGGAUGCGGGCUGCCCCUUGGUAGACCUGUGCACUCAGAUAGCUCUAAUUAAGUGGUUUUGAGGGGCCAAUUCUAUUGCCAUGGUCAAUCACAAAAGAGAGGCAUGCUAGCUGAUAAAAUGAAAAGAGAAAACAACAAUAAACAUAAUAUUGUCCCUAGGGUAUUUUUGUUUUCCAAUAUGGCGACGGCAGGAAGGAACUUCUUUCCUGCCACCGUCAUGAAGACCCGGAUAUUGGGAAAUCCCAUGUGACAUUAUGCAUUUGAUUUUCUGAGCGCUGAUUGGUGUAGAAAGUAGCGUUUUGUGGCAAAGCCAAAGCAACCAAUUAUUGCUUUAGCUAAAUCAUUUCAAUUUAGUAAGGUAAAAUUAAACAUCUGAAAUAUUUUAUCCCUGGCACUAAACUUUAUCCAUCGACAAUGUAUAAUGUCAUAAGUUUAUCAAAUACAACAAUUUUAUUAUGUUUUUCUUUGCAAAAACCAGUCGGCCAGCCGUUUUUACUCCUUCCAAUAAUUGAAAGACCUUUGCCUAUGUAAGGUCAACUGUGUUUUAACUUUCGAUUGUUGUGUCAUACUCCCUAUAAUAUCUUUCUGCUCUGUUUUAUUUAAGGUCCAAAUAUAAGAGCAAUAGAGAGUGCUUCAGCUUUCUUGUUUAGCCUCAAUAACGUGUUGGGACUGGCGCCUUUUACCUUGGACGUGAUACAGGACCAGAGGUAUUAUGCAGCCACAAAUGAUCCCGCCAAAGGUCCCAUGUUUGGAUUGGAUGACUUAACCAUUAGCUUCGACAGUUUUCUAAUUCCUCGACACAGUGCUUCUUUCCUAGGCGGAGCUUAUAGCACCCCAGAAAUACAUAACAAAACUGACGUGUACGGGUUUGGACUUCUGGCUGAAACUACGAAUUUCACCUGGGACGAUUUGGAAGUGUUUUAUUAUGACAGUAAGUUGUCUUUGACCUUGUAACAAACAGUUAGGAGUUUUUGCCCAUUCGCCAGAAGGAGACCGGGCCGAGUUAGUUUUCGCAAGGAACUCGGGGACUGUUACUGGGGACAGGAAAAAUAUGGGCCAAUAGCAUACCGCUGCGUCCCUUGUAACGUUCCCAGACGUCUUUGCGAAAGUUAACACUGCUUAGUUUUCUUUCGCUUCUUAAGUGUCUAGUGCGCAAGAACAUGACAUAGUCCUGUUCACCCAUUCUUGUAAACAAAAGCACCAACUCAAGGCUUUUAGUGGCGGAAUACAGUAAUUUUUCACCCAAACCCCAAACUCACUUGCCGAUUUCAGUCAAGGUCCCCCGGGGGGGGGCGGUGAAAGACGUGAUCUAGGUGUAAAUUGUACAAUAAGCGCGCGUUUUACUUUUGUUGCUUACUUUCUCUUAGUACCUCACAGGGCUGUUGGAGUUUACUUUGUUGCCUAUUUAUAUUUCUCUUAGUACCACACAGGGCUGUUGGAGUUAGUGACCAAGGAGUGAUACCCGACUCAGCCUUUGCGUCAUCUAGUGAGCACGUUCCUCUUAAUUACUCUGCCGCCAGGGCUUUAACAAAAGAAGACGACGAGGGAGAGUGGUGUGCGCAUUAUAAUGACACUCGACAAUGGCUUCAAGCAAAUCUUAGCUACACCAGUGAGCGGCCCAGUGAGCAGAAUGAUCAGGGACAAAGGGCUUCGGUACGGUUGCAGAUUCUAAGAGCCUUCAGUGAGGAAUCGUGGGUAAUUUCAUUUCGGGUUAACAAAAGCGAUGACGGAUCACAAUGGGAAAGCAAGGUAAAGAGACCAUCAGUCCACUCAAAUGCUUACCAAGAUCUGUGAGGGGUUUUUUAAAAAGGAGAAAACGCUUCCAGUGGGAUGUUAAGAUUUUUAUUUCCCUCUCGUGAUCAAUACUGACCAAUAUUGUUUCUAUCGGCACCGUUCCCGGCAUAGGAAACGAAAGAGUAACGGUUGAUUUCGACUGGCGCGUAAUUUUUCCGUGCGAACGCACGUAAAAUUUACACGCGUAAAUGAAAUAGAGACAAUGUAUGAAAGACCACGCGUAAAACGUGAAAGUUGAGCGAGGUUCGCCUCUUACUUUUACGCUUGACCUUCCAUGCAUUGUCUAUUUUAUUUACGCGCGUAUAAUUUACGUGCGUUCGCACGGAAAAAUUACGCGCCAGUGGAAAUCCACCUCAAAAUGAGAAUUAGUGUGAGGCAAAUCGAUAUGGAAAUAGUUUAUAUUUGUUUAUGUCUCUAGUUACUUUCUAAUUCAAAUGCAAUUUCACUUGUGGGUCUAUGUUGUCCCACUGUUAAUUUUACUUAAAGGAUUUGCUUACUAUUUCUUGCUUCUGCUAAUUUGAUGAUUCAAUGCCUGGCCAAGGGAAGUGUUAGCCCGACGUCGUGGCCAGACUUGUCUCGCGAGCGAGAGCUAGAUAUGUCGUUCGCCUACGUAACGAAUAUCGGCGAUUUAGACUGUCUGGGACGCAGGUGGGGGAAGAGACUUAGCGGGUUCUUAAUCUAUAUAAACCAAAACCUAAAUCCGCAUGGCGGAGGCGCUGAGAUGUAACUGGAGCUUAUUAAACAGGUUUGAACUUUUAGUCGAAUCCUUUACCCCAAUCCUCAGUUGAAAUAAUCUUUAUGAGACAAAGGGCCUGUACUGUUCAUAUGGAGGUGGGGGAACCCGGUUAGGUGAAGUAACAUGUGGCGGGUCACCCCAGCUAUCAUUUAAACGUUAUCAAUUUAAAAGUAUAGAUUUUGGACAGGCGGGUUACCUCACCUACCUAGGGUAACCCACCUCCAUGUAAACAGGCCCUAAAUACAAUAAAAAAAUACUAAAUACUAGCAUGGCGGUUCUUCUCGUUCGCGUGCGCUUUUGUGGCUUUUCCGCUCAGAAGUGCGCCCGACAAGACUUCCACGCUACGCAGGGUAAUUUUCAAUCAUGUGUCGACGCUAAUCGGCCUUCUAUGAGCCAGACCCUAGGGUGUAUCUCAGGGACUGAAGAGUGAAUGGUUGGAGGGAAAGCGAUUAAGUGACUGAAUUUGGUGACUCCAUCUAGCAAUCAUGAGACUCGGCUUCCCAGAAAAAUUAAAAAAACUUGCUUUUCAAUUUGUAUUUAGACCUACAGGAUUGGUGAUCAGAUUUUUAUUCAGUCAAGCCCUAAAUUCCUAAGAAUCAUUCCUUUAUCAUGGAAAUCAAGCAUUUGUAUGAAAAUAAACAUA